AUGAAGCUCAAGCUGUUAGCCUUUGUCGCAACAUGUGUUUGGCAGGCCUUCGCUUCCAAAAGACAUGAGGUGUCCAAAUGGUAUCCCUGCUCUGUAUUCUCUAAUAUUGAUGGUAUGGAUCACGAAAUAGCAGAACUGACAGCACAGUGUGGCAAAUUCUCGGCACCUCUGUGCUACUCUGACGUCUGUACAGCGCCCAAGAGUGUGAACCAGACUAUUGAACUUUUUGUCAAACGAAUUCCUGCCAAUAAUCCCGAGACUGCUAUCAAUAUAUGGAUUAUGGGGAGGCAUUUCCAAUCUAAGGAAUUAACUGCGCUCAUACUAUAUUCCGAACUAAACACAACUGCAAACCUCUAUUUGAUGGAUCCUCGUGGAAGCAGGAAGAGUACGAUUUUAGAUUGUGGAGUGACAACACGUGAUCCAAAUUUUGAAUAUAGAAUGGAUCCUGCCCAAGUUGGGACAUGUGCCAUAGAUCUAGAAUCCAAGUUUGGAGAUCUCGCGGCAUUUUCGCCUACGAGUGCGGCGCAUGACCUUUUCAAUUUGAUCUCCAAGCUUUCAAAUGGCGCUAGCACUUUUGUGUAUGGUUCGGAUUACGAAGCGUUAUUAGUGGUACGUCUCAUGCAUCUCGCCCCUCCUGAAGUUACUGGAUACAUUCUAGAUUCGCCUGAAAGCACCACGGGAGUAUAUAAUUAUUAUCGAUGA